GCAGAGAGCAGGAGGCCACGCGACUGCUGAUGUCUCACGGCUACGUGGGCCCCGCCACCAGAUCGCCGCCACGGGAGUCACUCAAAGGCGAGCUGGAGCUGGUCGCGCUGCACGCCAAGCCCGCCCACGGCAUGGGCACGCUGGACGGGAACAGCUUGCUCUCGCCUGGCGAGUUCGGCCUCGCUCAGGACCAGGAGAUCGCCAGGUGGAACGCGAGCCCCCCGCCCGACCUGAAGAGGGCCGCCCCCGAGAUCUGCCGAUACACGCGGAGUGCUCAGCUGUGGGCGGACCUCUGGAACGCUGCCACGCCCAAUGACUUCGCCACGGCCCGCGUCAAAUCACAGGUCGAGCUGCUCAACCUGCUGGCCAGCGACGACGGGCUGGAGAUGAACCUAAGGAGGAUCGCGAGCUACGCGUGCGACAAGCGGACGGGCGACAAGUCGGGUGCCCAGAAGAUGCUCGCCAUUCCCCCUCCCGGGGCCGGGAUCGACCCGGCCCCGACCUGGCUCGUCACGGAGGCCACGGCCCACUCGAAGAUGGAGGAGGCCGCGGAGCUGCACGCGGCGGCGGAGGAGCUGCUGGACGAGGGCCGGAACGAGGAGGGCAUGGUGGAGGACCCGAGGGAGCAGCUGACAGAGGUGGCGGCGCAGGCGCCGCCCGUGGCGGCUCGCCCCUUGGAUGCCGAGUUCUUCCAGAAGCUGCCGGCGAUAGAAGACGCCCCGUGCCCAGCACCUCCACCAGCACGACCUCUUCAGCGGGGCGGCGGCCUCAGCGGCCGCCUCCGCACCCGCGUGGCACGACGCAUGCGGGCGCGGCGACGGGCAGCAGGCAUGGUUGACUUGAUCAACGGCCUAGACUCGGGCCACCUUCGGACGGCGUCGACGAGCCGCACCGCCAGGACAUCUAUCACGACGAGAGCGGCUUGGAGGAGCGCGCACGCCUUCAUGCAGAAGGAGGCGGCCAGCUUCGAGCGCGACUGCCGGGGCCUCCGCCUGACAGGCGGCCCACCCGACGGACACGUGCAGGAGGUCGCUGGCCCUGAGAGCUACAGCCGAGCUCCAGGGGCCAUGCGGGUCACCAAUGUACCGAUGCGACCUCUUGACAGUGACGAACCGAAAGACGACUCCAUUGUGGACAUGCUCUCGACGCAUCCGGAGCACGAGAGGCGCUUCUACGAGCACGAGGCCAACGCGGUCUCCUACGCGGGCAAGGCCGACGCCGUGCUCUACGAGCUGGAGGACCAGCACGCUUUCGCGAACGGCACGGAGGAAGACUACGCUACCCACCUGCGCCGCGAGGACCUUCCCAGGGGGAUGUGGUCGUUCGCCCCCGCCCCACGGGCAAUUGCGUUCGUGGGUCUUAGCACCGCACCCGAGAAGGACCCUACGAAACAGCGCAAGGUGUUGAUGAACGCCCCCGCCAACUACACGUGGAUCGACCCCAAGGAGCGGGCCGGCCACGGCCUGGUGGGAGGAGAGGCGCUGGCACGGGCGGCGGCACCCGCGGACCACUGGGAGACCGCUGCGUUUGACGAGAACAACGCGUUCCCCAGGAUCCGCGCCCCGCAGUGGCACGCUCAACGGCAGGUGCGGCAGGAGGUCACGGAGCAGGGGUGGGUGGCACCACUGCACCACCGCCCGGCCACUGGCGGCUCCCACUCCGCGCACAUCCUGAUGUCCAUCAACCUCACCACGGCGGGCCGGGCGCUCAUGGGGGCGGGCGCUCGGCUGGCGCAGGACCGCGGCGACCCUCGGGCAACCCAGCCUGGACGAGCGCGGCCUGCGGAGGGCGACCCAGGGGACCCGAGCAUGGAUGGCAAGGACUGCGCGCAGCAGAACGAUGCGGCCGAGUCGAUGGGCGCAGGGCAGUCCGGCUACACGGCGGCCAGCUGGUCCCGAGCCGCCCGCGAGGCUAGGCGUCACCACGGCCGCGCGUUCGCGGCCAUGCACCUUUUCGCCGGCGAGCGGCGGAGCGACGACGCGCAAGCGCAGCUGGAGCCACGCUGCGAAGGAGCUGGCAUGGAGCUGCUGAUCCUCUCCGCGGACCUCGCCAAGGAUGCGGCCUGGGACCUGACCAUGCCCGACGCGCUCGGCGAGCUGAUGAGCUCGCGCAAGGGGGGCUUCAUCGACGUGGUCCUGGGCGGCCCUCCGUGCUCAACAUUCUCACGAAUGCGCCGCAGCCGCCCAGGACAAGGGCCCAGACCUAAGCGUCACCGCGGCCACUGGGUUUGGGGCCGACCCGGCCUCAGGCCGCGGGGGCAGCGCCAUAUCCUCGAGGCCAACGUGCCCGCUGUGAACCUCAUGGCCACGUGCGAGGCGGUCAUCGUGAACGGGGGCUGCCACCUCGUGGAGAACCGGGAGGACCCGGGGGUUUUCCCCUUCCCCUCGCUGUGGGACACGCCGGAGAUGAGGGCGCUGGAGGAGCGGGCGGGGGCCACCCGAGCCGUGUUCGACCAGUGCCAGUUCGGCGGUCUGGCCAAGAAGGCCACCUGCACGUCCGGCACGCCGCGAGGCCUGGACGGCUUGAACGGCGAGAGGUGCGCAGGUGGUCAUGCGCGCGCUCGGUCCGACGGAAAGGAUAGCCUCGGCGAUUUCAACGCGAGCCGGCCGCAGACGCACCCUGGCAAGCCCUGCGACAAGUUAGCCCCCAUGGUGUUCCACGCGCUGCAAGGGUUCCACGCCGAGAACGCCGGGCCCACUAGUGGCCAGGUCCCUGAGGGCGCCAGACCCAGGGUUUCAGCCUGGGUUGAGCGGUGCCCGCUACAUCGGUCGGUGGCCCUUCGGAAUGAAGACGCAGCACGAGGACGAGGGCUGGUUUUACGUCAGCGGCAGCUGGGUUUCUACCUGCACGUGGACGACGGCGCGCGCACGGGCUCGGGCGAACACCCCGGGGCCGCGGACAGCCUGAUGGAGCAGCUCGCCGACGAGCUGGAAGCAAUGGGUUUCGGCGUGGACGACCGCGCCCCAGCGGAGGAGCUGACGAAGGUCGCGGGCUACGAGGUGGUUCAGCGACCGCCAGUCGGAGGCCGCCUAGCGCCGCUGGCAAACACGUUCUUCGCCACGGACGCCAUGAGGGCCUCGGAGCUCGACAACGGCGGGCACGGCAUCGCAGCGGGGAAUGUCUCCAACAAAGUGAAGUUCGAGUCGGUAGAUGCUGGAGUGGCCGCGGGCUUCACCGUGGCCAAGCUGGACGGCAGCUUCGCGAGUUCGAAGGGCCCCGAGAAGGCGAUCAGGCGUACCGUACCGUUCACCAAGUUGCCUCAGGAGUUGUUCAACGGACAGGUUGACAAAAAGGUGGUGGAGCACGGCCGCUGGGCCCGCGCGGACCACAUCACCUUGGGGGAAGGCCGAGCAGCGGUGAGGCCGGCGCGCAGGAUGGCCCUCACACCCCAGAUGCACACGUCAGUGAUCCUCUCGCUGCAGGGCAACAGGCCCGUGGCAGGGGCCAGGAUGAAGGGGCGUUCGCCGGCUUUCGAGAUGAGCAGGGAGCGGAGCGGAGUGACGGGACCACGUCGCCUCGAUCCGCAUGCAACUAGCAAGAUCACCCCAGCGAUGCUCGCCAGGCACCGAGCCGCUGGGACUACAUGCUCCACGUGGCUGGAAGAGUGCAACUUCCAGCCCGACUGCGCUGAGGCCUGGGACAAGCUGCUUGUGGAGUUCAAGAACGAAGCAGGCCUCUCGCGCAGCCACUUCACGCAUCUGCUGGCGAGCGUGGAGUUCUGUUUUCCCAGAUUCAAGGGACGCCUACACUGGGCAAGGGCCGUGCCGGCGGGCUGGGCUGUGAAUACACAGACAAAGCAUAAGGUGCCGCUCGGCCGUGGGCCCGCUGCGCUCAUUGGGGCAGAGACCAUGGUGGGGAGCUCGGGCGUGACCGCGGGGUGGACGCCCCACCCUCCCCGUGCGGGAUGCGCUUCUGACCCCGCGGCGGACGGGGCGUCCUUCACCGAGACCAAGGAGACAGGCAGGUGGAUCCCAGAGAGCCCCACCAGGGUCUACAUUGACGCGGUCGCCGCCAGCGACAUCAUCACCAGGUGCACGAGCGCAGGGCUGUCGCAG